ACAACUCCAUUUCUAAGAGAUAAGCAGAUGUUCGGCAGUAAAGCUCCCAUUACCGCAAUGAGAUAAUAGUGUGGCUUACACAAAAACGACCUUGUCUCUUAUCCCACCAUACUUCAGUUCUUUAUCAAAAUAUGACCACGCCGGCUCUAUUGCCACUAUCGGGACGUAGGAUACCUACCCUCUCGCCAGGUGCCUCCUCAUUCCCCCAUCACAGAGCCACCUUGAGGCUCUCAGAGAAGUUCAUCCUCCUCCUCAUCCUCAGUGCCUUCAUCACCUUGUGCUUCGGAGCGUUUUUCUUCCUCCCGGACAAUUCCAAACACAAGCGCUUUGACUUUGGUUUGGAGGACGUGUUGAUACCGCACAUCGAUUCGGAGAAGGAGGCAAGGCACAGCAGCAGACAGGUCAUACAUGGCGUGGGAGAUCACGACGAGCAUAGACACAGGGAGGAAGAGGAGAGCCUUCGUGACAAGAUCCGGGCAGAUCAUGAGCGGGCACUGCAGGAAGCCAAGGAAAAGCUCCGUAAAUCCAAAGAGGAACUGAAGGCAGAGAUCCAGACAGAGAAGACCAAGGUAGUCGAGGACCUGAAGAAGAAAGAUGGACCCAAACCUCUUCCUCCAGUACCUAUGCCCAAACUGGUAGGGGUCAGUGAUGGUGACCCAGGGGACUCUGACACCAAGGAAAAAAGGGACAAAAUCAGAGAGAUGAUGAAACAUGCGUGGGACAGCUACAGGCAAUACGGCUGGGGCCACAACGAGCUCAAACCCAUCGCCAAGAAAGGACAUUCCACCAAUAUCUUCGGUAAUUCCCAGAUGGGGGCCACAAUAGUAGAUGCCCUGGAUACCCUUUACAUAAUGGGCCUCCACGAUGAGUUUAAGGAUGGCCAGGAGUGGAUCGAGCAAAACUUGGAUUUCAGUGUGAAUGCAGAAGUAUCUGUCUUUGAGGUCAACAUCCGCUUCAUUGGAGGACUUCUGGCUGCAUACUACCUCUCCGGACAGGAGGUUUUUAAGGUGAAGGCUGUCCAGCUGGCAGAAAAGCUGCUUCCUGCUUUCAACACCCCAACAGGCAUCCCUUGGGCCAUGGUCAAUUUGAAGAGUGGAGUGGGGCGUAACUGGGGCUGGGCUUCAGCUGGAAGCAGUAUUCUGGCUGAGUUCGGGACGCUGCACAUGGAGUUUGUGCACCUGACGUAUCUGACUGGAAACCCUGCCUACUAUCAGAAGGUGAUGCACAUACGGAAACUGCUGGCUAAGAUGGACAGACCCAACGGGCUUUACCCCAACUACCUGAACCCACGCACAGGACGCUGGGGCCAGCAUCACACCUCAGUAGGUGGGUUGGGUGAUAGUUUCUACGAGUACCUGUUGAAGGCCUGGCUAAUGUCUGAUAAAACGGACACAGAGGCACGCAAGACGUAUGAUGAUGCCAUCGAGGCUAUCGAGCGCCACCUCAUCCGGAAGUCCAACGGUGGCCUUACUUUCAUCGGCGAGUGGAAAAACGGCCACUUGGAGCGUAAGAUGGGUCACCUGACCUGCUUUGCUGGGGGCAUGUUUGCCCUGGGGGCUGAUGGGUCGCCAGAUGAUAAAGCUGGACACUAUCUGCAGCUCGGAGCAGAGAUUGCACACACCUGCCACGAAAGCUACGAUCGCACUGUGCUGAAGCUUGGUCCAGAGGCCUUUAAGUUCGACAGUGGGCUGGAGGCAGUGGCUGUGAGACAGAACGAGAAAUACUAUAUCCUGAGGCCUGAGGUCAUCGAGACGUACUGGUACAUGUGGAGAUUUACCCACGACCCCAAAUACAGGCAGUGGGGUUGGGAUGCAGCGCAGGCUAUAGAUAAAUACUGCCGAGUAAGCGGAGGAUUCUCUGGUGUUAAAGAUGUCUACUCCUCCAACCCCACCUACGAUGAUGUCCAGCAAAGCUUCUUCCUGGCCGAAACGCUCAAGUAUCUCUAUCUACUUUUCUCCAGCGAUGAGCUGCUGCCUCUUGAGAACUGGGUGUUCAACACGGAGGCCCAUCCUCUGCCCGUCCUGCACCUGGGCAACAUCACCCUGCCUGGCAGCGAGACCCAGCGGUAGAGCGGACUCACCGGGGGGGCGUUCUCCCCCUCGCUUGCCCCUUUUCUAUACGCCUCCAUCCUUGUGAAAGACAGCAGCUGCCAGUGAAAAGGAGAGGAGAGAACUGUACCCACCAACCACUGUCUCCUCCCGGACUGUGAAUCAAGGGACUGCAGUGAACGGAGGGGACCGGAACAGACCCAACUGUCUUUAUCUAUGUCUCUCUCAUAUAUUCUCUGAAGGACAGACUGCUGGAUUGAUCGUGUCUGACAUGUCCGCACACACUGUACACGCAUUAGCAGACUAAAAGACCUUCUGAAAUGGAGGUGUGUUUCUCACUUGGGGAAGGAUUUUAACAAGUUA